UGCCCCAUUUCCAGAUAAACCCUUACACACUUGCCAGAUCGUGUCAGCUCUUCAGCGAAGUUUGAUGUGAAUGGUGCGCGAUCGCAAUUUGUCUUCGAUCGAAAUGGAGCUGUGCAAAACGAAUCGAGAGCCUUGCAUUGUCAUUCACGGGGAAGACAUCGCAAUCGAAGGCUUGCGCUUUUUCCCCCUUUAUCAUAGCUUCUCCGUGAUGGCGUGAUUGGAGCCGAAUCGAUGUGAAUCUCUGCUCGAGAGCUCAUUCCUCUGCAAAUCACUCACUAUCAAUCAAGCAAUCCUCCAGGGAACCUCCGCUUGACCAGAUUUUCAAGCGUACCAGACAUUUUAGGGUUCCAACAAAAUAGGUAGAAUGGGAUAGGGCCAGAGAUCGCGAUGAGGGGCGGCAGAUUCGAGCGAGGAGGCGGGGGCGACGGCAAUGCCAGGAAUGCGGAGGCUCUCCUCGAGUCGCGAUCCGUGGCGGAGGUCCGGGAGGUGGAAUCCGCGACGCGCAAGGAGAUCCAGGACAAGCAGGAGGAGCUGCGGCAGCUGGUCGGGGCCAGCUACCGGGAUCUCAUCGAUUCCGCCGAUUCCAUCCUCGUCAUGGGGGACUGCUGCCACCGCGUCAUGGAAAAUCUCUCAGGUAUGGCGCAGGGAUUGGAUCGCCUCAAGGAGAGCAUCAAGAUCUCUUCCUCCUCCUCCUCCUUGGCGGCGGUGGCAGUGGCCUCGAUCUCCAGUAGUGGCAGCAGCCGCGAGGAUCUCUACGGGGUUGGCAGUCGCGUGAAGUAUCUGGUGGACACUCCAGAGAAGAUCUGGGGCUGCCUCGACGAACACAUGUAUCUGGAAGGCGCCGAAAGAUUCUUGCGAGCUCGCCAGGUCCAUGGAUUGCUCCUCAGCAGCGGCGGCGGCGGAGGUGGUGGCGAUUCCAGCGCCGCCACGAAUUUCUCGCUGCUGUGGCACCACCAGUGGCCAGUGAUAGAGACAUUCCAGGGACAGAUCUCGGCCAGGAGCCGAGAGCGCUUGCAGGAACCCGGAUUUGCAGCUAGCGACUACGCUGUGGCGCUGGCGGCCAUUGCGAUCGUGGAAGAUCUCUCGUCGGCACAGGUUUUCUCCUUGUUCGUCGAGACGAGGAAGUCGUGGCUGAGAAGCUACUUGAGAACCAAGGUGGUGAUCACGAGCUCUUCGUCUCUACAGGACAGAGUUUUGGUACUCAACAAAACGGUGGACAUGAUCCAGCUGACGCUCUGCCACAUUGGCCAACUUUUCCUGGAAGUCUCGAAUGGAACGUCGCCGCUGCUCUUCACCACCGUCCUCACUGCACCGCCGUCGUCCCAGCUCUUUGGAGGGAUUUACAAUCCGGAGAAGGAAGUUCGUGCCUGGAAGCUCCACAGGGAGAAGCUGGAGGCGCGCAUGGUUCCGCUGUCCGGGGAGUUUGUGGCUCAAGGCAGCCUCUCCUUCCUUGGCGUGUGCGCGCAAGAGCUCUUGGACGACGCUCGGCCGGUGCUCGACGGUGUCUCCAACGGGAAAGAUCUCGCGGAGAUGGAGAGCUCGAUCAGGCUCCAUAUAGAGCAGCAGGCUGCUCUUCGAGAGGGCGUGGAGUGGCUCAAGAGCGCCUUUGGCCAGACGAUUAGCUCGCCCUGGGAGUUCUUGAGCGCACUGCUGUUGAACAGCUCCGUCAACUUGUGGGAGACGCUCUUUGAGAGCAUGUUCUUGAGGAGGAUAAAAGCCAUUGUAGACUCGCGGAUCGAGAAGAUAACGAUCAUGGCUGUCGUGGAGAGGCUUCUCAGCUCGAUCGACGCUUCCUCCUGCUUGCAACAGCCGAAUACAGGUUUACUACGAAGUUUGGUAGAAGAUAUUGGACAGCCUCAAACGAAAGGGCCUACGAGCAGGGAAUGGCUUGGAGAGAUCAGCUUGUACUUCGGUCCGGAUGUUUGUCGUUUGAAGGAAGAGGUGGACGACGGGCUGAAUGCCAUCCUGCUCGAUCUUCUCAUGUUUCUUGGCGAGCCACAAAGUCCGACGAGGAUCCUGGAGCUCGCACCAUAUCUUCACGAGAAAGUUCUUUCGUGCAUGUCGCGCAUCUGUAGCGAGCUCGAGGUGGAGUUGAAGAAACUCACGCUCAACUUUAAAGAUCUGGGAACGGCGAAUGGGCUGGAUAGCCUCGUAACUUUGGAACGAGCUCUGUUCCUGGGAAGGCUCUCGCUGGCCCUGGGAACGCACCUACACUACCUGCCAGUGAUCUUCGGGUCUCCAGAGCAGUGGAUAACACAUCACAAGAGAUCGUCCGAAAUGUUCUCGAAGGAGAGUGAUCUUCCGGAAUUUCGUAGCAGCAGAAGAAGAGCCACAGAUGGGAUUUCUUCGAGAUUACAGACUUUGCAGGGUUCUCUUCGCAGUCAGUGGGACAUAGCACACAACCUCUGGGUGUCCUGGAGCACUGGCGUCCUGGUAAAGAUUUUCCUCAAGGAUCUUGGCAUGGACGAUGGUCUCUUUGCUACGAGUUUUCCAAAGGGAUGGGAAGAAACAGUUCUUAAGCAAGAGACGGACAAUGCCGAGGGCGAGAUUAAGAUCUCUUUGCCGGGCAUGGCUUCGCCUUACGCGGUGUCCUUGCUGUUCUUGGCGAACCAAGAAAUAUACAGAGUUGGGGGUCACGUUUUGGACAAGUCAGUGAUCCACUCGUUUUCAGCAACACUUCUUGAGAAGGUCCUUGCAGCUUACGAAGGUUACUUGUCCGGAAGCGUCCAGAUAUCCGAGAGAGGAUCGCUUCAGCUUCUCUUUGACGUGCGCUUCUUGGCUGACGUGCUCGUAGGCAUCCAAGAUGCAGCUGUUAAAUCUAAAAGCCAGAAAGCGGUGAAAACCCUCUUGUCAAAACUGUCCAGCAACUUGGAUCCGAUUGAUUGGGCUACUUACGAACCUCAGCUAUGGGAGAAUGAGCGCCGCUGUUAUCAUCGCUGCGCUGUUCUCUUCGGCUUUCUCACGCAGCUAAACCGUCUCUACACUGACGCGGCAUUAAGAAACCAGCCUGUAACCGAUGGCAACACUAUCGGCUUGUCGGCCUCGGUUCCACGAUUUAUAACUCUCCCUAUCAGUAUGCCUCUCACAGGAGGCAACGUUGGUGCGAGAACCAUCAACGGUGGUGCGGGUGGCAACCAAGAGGGAGACAUUUCGAACGCCUGGAAAGCUUACCAGCAGAAAGAGCAGGGUGGAAACUUCACGUUUGAUGAUUCCACGGGGUUAUCUUCUCUCGUCAAUGCUCCUCUACUCAAAUCUUUCAUGGGCCAGGUGGGAAGCCGACUUGGAGAAGGGACUCUCAAGUUCGGGUCGAUUAUUGGUGAUGGACAAGUAGGGAGGCUCCGUGACAAGUCUGCUGCGGCAAUCUCCUCAACGUUUGGAGAUAUGCUGCCAACGCUUUCGUCUCUUGCAUCUGGCGCAAGCAAGUUAGAAGGUUAUGAAGCCUGGAGAGUCCCUUGAAUGCCUCAUGUGCAUCAGCCAAAAUUUAAGUGAAUCGCAAUCCAGCAAUUUUAGAAUAACAAAUUCUUAUCUACAAGGAUUUCGUGA